CCAAUAUCCUCCCCACCCAUGGCGACGAGAACAACGACCGUUGUGGCUCCGGCGAGUCCUCUGCAGCAAGGGCCGACAGUGGGGGCGGGCCAGGGGACACAGGCGGGAAGAGUGCCUUACAGGACACACCAGGUGCCAAACCGGGCGUAUGACCACCUCUAUGACCCGCUCUACUGCUCGGCCGGGCCUACUGACCAUGCCAAACUCGUGAGCACGCCGGAUGGCCAUGACAUGCAGCGGACGGCGUGCGUGUGAGUGGUUGGUUGGUUGGCUUGUGUUGUGCAGACGAUGCGCGGGAUGGCGGGCCAGGUUGAGAAGGUGGCCGACUGUGAGUUUUACUUCUCGGAGCUGCAGCACUGUCCCAGACACACACUGCGCAUCUCUGAGGUAAGGUGAGGUGCCUGCCUGUCUGUCUGUCUGUCAAGUGCAAAGAGUCUUUGUCUGGUGUUCAUCGUUUCAGAAUCCCAGCAAGGCCCCGCCUGGCCAUGUGGACACCAACUGGCACCCUCCAGCAGGACCUGACGUCGAUGCAGACCAGGUGAAUACGGCCCGUCUCUAGAUAGCUGCACAUCAAUGAUCAAUCGUCUCUCUCUCCCUGUGUCUGUGUCUGUGUCUCUGUGUCUGUGUCUCUGUGUCUGUGUCUGUGUCUGUGUCUGUGUGUGUCAACGAAGGUCACAGGGAAGCACCGGCACAAGUUCUUCCGCCGUCCCCUGGUGGCCAGCCUGUCAGCACAGUCACCGGUCGGUGAGCGAUUGACCUCCACCACCCAACCACACAAAUGUGUCACCUUUUAUGUGUACAUGUGUAGGUUGUGUAUGCGAGCGCUGCGCCGGCUCGUGUGGCGGCAGUGCUUCGUGCGACGGCUGAUAUCACGGCCAUCCCCCGGCAACGAGCACCUGUCGACCCCUUCGUCACUGUUGGGCGAGGUAGGCAGGUCAAUGCACACGCACCUCACCUGGCAGAGCAUAUUUGGUGUGCAUGGCAUGGCUGGGCUGGUGUAGAGAGUCUCGACGGGCGGACGAGGACCAUUGGUGAGAGAGUGAAGAAACAGACAGACAGACAGACAGACAGACACACAGACACACUCACUCGAUUUGUGUGUGCAUGUGGAUGGAUGCCGUGUGGUGUGUGCAGGGAUCCAGUCCGUCUACCGUGAGGGCUCUGCGCAGACGGACCCCUACUCGCCGCCAUACGUGCUGCAGUCAGCUGAUCCUAACUUCAACCCCGAAGUCAUUCAUUAAUCCGAUCCGUACACCCCAUAUAUACCCAGCAAUUCGUUGUCUGUCUGUGUGUCUUCAGGUGCUGACCAUAGCCCAGUUGUGUUGGGACAAGGGCCUCCCCGCGACAAACAUCGAGGUCGCCAUGAUACAGAAAAUGAGACAGAAGAGGUACGUACGUGGCACCUGCCCACGAUGCACUCGCAACACACACACGAUACGAUACGAUCACCAUACGCCUGCCCUAUUUGUGAAUAUGCACAAUCAAUCAGGUUAUGGGACCAGAUGCUGCCGCCGUCGACUGAUGAGUUUUCGUUCCGUCUACGUGAGCGGCUGCUCACCGAGGCAGAGUUCAAGGAAUGGGCAGACAGAGAACAACACAUCAAAGACCUACAGGUAAGGCAAGGCCCUCCAGCCAAGAACACCGACCAACGAGCACAUACUUCUGUUGGUCUGUGUGUGUGCAGCGUCGCCGUCUCGAGAUUAUCCGUGAGGAGUUGGCUGCUCGCGAGGAGAAGCGUACCUCCCAGCAGGCCGACAGGGUGGAGCGCAUCCGCGUCAAGAAGAUCGACAACAAGGACAGAAGAAUCGCCAAGGGACAAAAGAAACGAAUCAAGGUGGGUGACAUACACACACACACACACACAGAGAGAGAGAGAGAGAGAGAGAGAGGGGCAAUACAUGCCCUCUAUGCCGCUCAGACGCUCCGCAAGAUGUAUCGCGAGAAGGCCAUGGCUGAGACGCUGCUGCAGUCCAGGAAGCGAGACGUCAUCAAGGUAGGGCGGGACAUACAUGGCGGAUGCAUGUGCGCACCUUUCACUUCCUUACUCUGUCUGCAGGAUUAUGCAGCGACCGGUUCCACAGUGUAUGCCCCUAUCCUGCGGGAGGGCCAGCGGCCCGACACAGCCACAGGGAAGAUCGAGAUACAACCCGCUGACCUCCAGGCAGGCAACACAAACCAGAAAAACCGUACCGUCCAGCUGAUGGUUCCUUGUUUGUUCCAUAUUUGUUCCAUAUUUGUUGAUUCGUGUAGAGUUUCUCUGGUCUGUCUGAUUUGGAGCGCACGAUGCCCCGGAGUGCGUUGAGCGUCAAGGUGCCAUCGCGAGACCCCGAGAUCAACACGACCAAAUACAGACAGAGGAAGGACGCCGAGGUGGGCGAAGGCAUGUACUUGCUGUACACAGCCAUCUCCUCUCUGCGGAGACAUGACAUGCUGUGUCGUGCUGUGCUGUGCUGUGGUCUUGCAGCUGGAGCAUGCAUUAGAAAGCACCAUGAGCUCUAUCAAACAGAAACUGGCCGACAAAUUCCAAGUGGUGCAGUGCAUAAACACCGAAACACACACCCAAGUCCUCCUCUUUCUUCCCUCUGUGUGGCUGCCAUGGCUGCAGGGAGAGGGGGAGCUGCUUCCGGGCGAGCGCGUCGAGGGCGCCGUGUCUCAGAAGAAGUACCACACACGAGACAUUUUGGAGCGUCCCGAGACGCCUCGCGUGGAUGAGGUGCUGCCCGAGGAGGAGAAGCUCGAGACGGCCACCAUCCUCCUCCAGCGACUCAUACGGUGAGGGAGGGAGGCAAGAAGGGGUCAUUCAUUCUUCGUGGCGUGGAUGCCUGAGUCUUCUUUUCCGGCUGUAUGUUAUGUGGUGACUUCAGCGGUCGCGCACUGCAGAACAGGAUGUUUGAGGGCAAGGAGAAGCGGCUCGACCUCAUCAACGAACUCAGAGACGCCGAACGGUCGCGACACAGACACAUAGACCCAGACAGGCACAGGCAUCAGAGCAUCCCCGUGCGGCGCGGCACGUGUGCAGGUUGGUUGAGAUGCCUCCUGAGGACCAGGAGAGGAUGCAGGCCGAGAAGGUCAGCUUGGCAACAAAGCCACACGAGAGAAUAUAAAAGCUGGUCGGUAGAUCGAUGUGUCUUUUGUGUGUCUUCAUGGGUCGUCAGGAGCGUGAGCGUGCUGCUGAUGCUGUGGUGGACUCCAUCCAGGGCAGCGUCGUGGCUCAGACUCUCGACCAGCUCUCCAAAGAACUCAGAAGAUUCGAAGUAAUCAGCCCCCACUCACCCACCAGCACACAAGGCAGGCACAUACGCUGGGUCUUGAUGGGUAUGGACGCACAGGAGGAGCAGCGGAUUGCGGCUUUUGUCAAGAUGGCCGAGCGUGAUCGUCGUCUGCGCCAGGCACAGGAGAGCGGUCGACGGCAGGCGGAGGAGCGGCUCCGGGCGCGGGAAGAUGAGAUGUUCCGUGAGAUACUGGGCGUGCACCAGGGGACCGUCGACUCUUAUGUCGACCAGGUGAGAUGGACACGCGACGGCUGUGCAUAUGAGUGGAAGGGUGGUCGUGUGUUGGUCUGUGUCUGUCUUUGGUCAGAUAUUGACGUCGACUGUGGAGAAGUCUGCGCGUGUGCAGGCGCUCACCGAGGCCAAACUCAAGGUCAUGCAGAUGAGACACGCAUGCUGACCAUGGUCAUGUCAUGUUUCCCUCCGUGUCUGUCUCGUCUCUUGAACAGGCCACCAAGAUCAAUACGGUCGUCGAUGCCCUUGAGGAGAAAUACUCGGUGGGUACAUGAAUGAAACACAUUCACGCACAUUGAGACGCAUACAAUGACAUGACUGACGUGUACGAAUGCCUACAGGCACCCGAGACGAUUGUGCGGGAGCUGGUGUCAUCCUUCGUUCUUCCCCACGUCCACCGCGAGACAGUCAGGCGGAGAAUCAUGGUCAGUCAGUGAGACUCAAUCGAGACAUCCAUCACCCGGGCCAUGGUUGCGUGUACGUGUGUGGUACGUGAUGUGCGUGUAGGUCGAGGAGGGUCGGUAUAUGAAGGCGGCGAGGGAGGCCGUGGAGGAGACCGUGAAGCGCGUGGAGCAGGCCAUGACGAAGAGAAAGGAAGACAUCAGGAAGACCAUGCAGGAGUAGCAGCUGCGGGGUGGCGGGUUGGGGGUUGGGCUCUCGACUGGACACAUGCUUCGCUACAAUCCAUCAAUGUGCGUGCGUCUCCA